UUUAUGAAUAUUAGGAAUUCAGAUAGAUUUUGGUGGGAGAACAAAGAGAACAACUUGUUUACUGAUGAAGACAGAGCCAUCAGACUUAGAAAUCAAACAACAUUUAGAGAUAUUAUUAUACGUAAUUUAGAUGGUAUUUUUCAAACAGCAAUCCCACAAAGUAUUUGGUCAGUUCAACCAACACAGAAAUUGUCCAAGUCAUCAAAAUACUUUAAUCAUAUUUCCUUAUGGCCAGCAGCAUAUGUUGUUGGUUAUGAGAUUUCUGGAAAUUACAUUAACUUCCAAGUUCAAAUACUAACCACAAAUGGCAAUGCAUGGUUUGGAAUGGGGUUUGAUCCUGAUAAUAAUGGAAUGAGUGGAGCAGAUUUUGUAAUUGGAAUUUCUCGACUUACAGAUGGUAGUGAUAAUAAUUUAAAUAAUCCAACUUCUGGUACUCCAAAACAAUAUUUUCAAAUGAAAUAUCCACCUGAACCUUUUUUUGGCCCAGAUGGAGAUUCAAUGAUAAAAACACCUUCUGAUAUUGUUGACACUGAUCCGACACAACCAGUACCCAAGUGUACUGAUCCAUUACCAGCUAAUACUUAUCCAAUGCCAAGAUGCAUCUCUAAUAUUAUAUCUAAUUAUCGUUUAAAUCAGUUUGAUGUUGGAAAGACAAUGAGCUAUCGAUCUAAAAGACUAACUAGUCAUUUGACUACUUUUUUUGCUCAAUUUGUUAGUUAUGAUAUUAGCAGUUCUCAAAACAAUGCACAACCAAGUCAUAAAUUGCAUAUACCAUCUGAUGAUGCAACAUAUAAUUCAUAUAAUUCAGUAACAUCAUUACCAGGUCAAUUGAGUAAUUUGAAGUCAAUUCCUUUUAAUCGAUCAGAUUUUCUUCCUGCUACUACACAAACACCAAAGCGUACUGGUUACAAUAAUGCAACUCCUUUUCUAGACUUGAGUUCUAUUUAUGGUAUUACUAAUGAAAAUGCAAAAAAUCUUCGUGAGGGUAAUAAAGGAAAAUUAAAGACUAGUGGAAAUAUAAAUGACCCUUACCCAUUUAAGGAUCCAACAACAGGAAAUUAUAUUGUUGGUGCUAGUUCUGCACGAUCAAAUAAUAUUUUUAUAAUGGCUAUUCACACUAUUUGGUUGCGUGAACAUAAUAGAUUAUGUGAUGAACUUUAUGAAAAAAAUGGUGAUGCAUGGACUGAUGAUCAAUAUUUUGAAGAGGCUAGGAAAUGGAAUAUUGCAUUUUACCAAAGAGUUGUUACAGAAGAAUAUCUUGGAGUUGUACUGGGUAAACCACUGCCACCAUAUCAAAAAUAUGAUCCAAAUCUAACUCCAGGAAUUGAUGUUUUUUUUGCAACAAUAACAUUCAGAUAUGGUCAUAGUGAGCUGAGUGAUUUUUUUCAAAUUCAAGAUGAAUAUGGCGAUGCAGUUGUGGAAUUAUCAUUAGAAAAUAUUAUGAAACUGGGUUUUCUGGAAAAUUUUGGUGUAGCAAGUUUAUUGAGAUCAAUAUCUUUGCAACGUCAAGAAGAUGUUGAUAUAUAUUAUUCUGAUGCAACAAGAAAUGUUAAAUCAUCUGAACCAAACAUUUAUGAUAUUAUAGCAUUUGAUGCUUUAAGAGCUAGAGAUAGGGGAAUUGCAUUAUAUAAUGAUGUUCGUCAGGCAUAUGGUUUAAAAAAAAAAGAUUCAUGGGAAAAUAUAACUUCAGUUAAAGAAAUACAAGAUCAUCUACAACAAUUGUAUCCUAAUGGUCCUAAUCAACUAGAAGCUUUGGUUGGAGCAAUGUCUGAAGAUCAUUUAGAUGGAUCAAACUUUGGUGAACUAAUGUACACUAGUAUGGUCACUCAGAACAACUUGUUUACUGAUGAAGACAGAGCCAUCAGACUUAGAAAUCAAACAACAUUUAGAGAUAUUAUUAUACGUAAUUUAGAUGGUAUUUUUCAAACAGCAAUCCCACAAAGUAUUUGGUCAGUUCAACCAACACAGAAAUUGUCCAAGUCAUCAAAAUACUUUAAUCAUAUUUCCUUAUGGCCAGCAGCAUAUGUUGUUGGUUAUGAGAUUUCUGGAAAUUACAUUAACUUCCAAGUUCAAAUACUAACCACAAAUGGCAAUGCAUGGUUUGGAAUGGGGUUUGAUCCUGAUAAUAAUGGAAUGAGUGGAGCAGAUUUUGUAAUUGGAAUUAUUUCUAAUGGUAAAGGAUUAUAA